ACCCGAUGCGUGAACUCGAAUUCGGCAUGUGUGCGUUUUUGAUUCGACUUGUCUCAUGUUGUCGCUUAUUUACAAUUCAAGCAUGAACCGGAAACUGGCAGAGUGUCCUAAUUGUUUGGCUGUAGUUUUAGGAUGCUAAGUUUCUGAUUACGUUGUGUCGUUUUUCAGUUGGGUCAGACUUUGACGUACGUAUGCGCAAUUAGGCUCGGUGUCAUUGCGAGCUUCCUCAUUGCAUCGAGCUGUACUCAUCACCAUGAUUCCUCUGUGUGAUAGGACUGCCGAAAGGACUGCUCGUCUGGGAUGAUUCUUUGGAGUACCUUUUUCAUUCUUGGGUGUUUCAUUAGGGCAUGAGAACCUGUUUUAUAAAUUGCCUACAGAACAUCGUGAAGACUGAGCGAUGUCGAAGCUACGCCAUUGAAACGUACAAAUCUAAUAAAGACAAGCCUUUCGGUAAUAGAAUUCAUACCGCAGUGGACGACGUUGGAUCAGAUAGAAGAUGUCUGAGAGGUCACUGACCAACAGCCGAGGCAGUGGCCAAAGUCUUGGCUCGGGCGGAGUCAGUCCCAGGCGGUCUCCGAUACCGUCUCGGGUUCUCUCGGAAAAGUUCGGCGUGCAUUAUGUUGGUUCGGCACCUUUGGGUCCCUUUGAUACCCGUUUGCUUAACAUGUCCGGACUUCAAAAACCUUUGUAUAAUAUUUAUCUGGAGUAUCUGAAGACGGGAGGAGGAAACCAGAAGAGACAGCGUGAGGUUCUGUUCACCGAAUUGGGAGUAAAGGUGCUACGAGAAGAGGCGGGAGCUACGAAGGAGGUCUUCCUGGACUACGGUACUUUGCUCUACUGGGAUUCCGUAAUGCUUCGCUCAUUCAAAAGUGCUGGUAAAAAAAUGUACGGGAUGUUUGAAUCACUCCGAAGUGACUAUAGAUCGAUGGUUAAUAAACCUGAUACUUUAUUUCCAAUGGAUAAAAAGUGUGUCGCGCAAACAAUGCCUGCUGCUCCCCUGGUUACAUUUGUGAACCGUCCAAAUCCGAACCAGCGGGAGCUAGACUGCCAUGCGUUAGCUUUUAUUAGCGCAGAGCAGGCCGUCGACUUCGUCACAACCUUGGCCAGCAGGACGAAAUCGUAUUAUGAAGACUACGGGACACUCGCAGUAGACGAUGUCCUCUUUACGCCAAAUGAUAAAGUUAAAACUGAUUUCAACAAGUGGAAGUUAACAGAGGAGGGUUGGAGACUUACCAGUGAACCCCAAAGCAAUGAUAAGAAUCAGAUAACGAAAUCGAGAUCCGAGUUUAUUUUCGAAAACUUCCCACCCACCGCCUCGUCAUCUGGCGCCAGUUCGGAAAACUCGCCCGAGCGAAAACAGCAGCAAGCCAUGCCCCCGUUGAACUAUAACGCAAACUGGCGCAAACCAAUCCGCGGGCGAACUGCUAGUGAAAAUAGCGGCAAAUCAAAGAGUUUCAGUGAAAGUAAAAUGAGAUCGGCAAGCGAAUCUCAAUCACGUUAUGUCAGUGAUCCCGAUGAAAUGUACGAGUAUGAACAUUCUCCCGAGGCGUCCAGUCCUCACGGGAGUCAAUCGGGGGCGCGGUCUUCUCGAAUACGAGAGGCGUCUCCUCCAAUUGACUAUAACGACAAUGACUGCGGAGCAUCGCAGGAGUCCGCUAUAAACCCUGCGCCAAAAAAGAUUCCUUUCCAUCAAAAAAACGGGAUAAAAGUUUUACCCACAAUUGAACCAUUAAAGAACACUUCCGGUGAUGCGAAGCCGUCGUUGAACAGGUCACAAUCUGAUAUUGGUUACGUCUCCAUGCGGACUUUACCGGACGAGCAGCCCGGCAGUAGCGGCUGCUCCCGGUAUCCUAUCCGAGAACACGACGAUGUCUUCGAGUCAACAAACAACCACCAUCAUGGUAAAGUGAAGGAUAAGGAGAUAGAUUCCGACCUUCGGAAUACUGUGUAUCUGGAAGGGUUGGACGAUGAUGAGCGGUCGGUCAGCAGGACUGAUUUUGAACAAUGCUUGGGUUAUCUUCCAUGACCAGACUGAAAGCCAGUACGGGACUAUCAUGGUGCAAAAGGAAUAUGUGAUAAAUGCAAUUUUUGAUUAUAAAGAAUGUAGGAGUACUCUCGUGCAAAAGGGAAUGAGGGGGAGUGUGCAUGAUUGUAUGUUUGAAUCUACACAUAACCCCGUGCUAUAACGAAACACUGAAUCAAAUCAUUCCAACCGAGAUUGAUAAAGUGGAUAUGGGUCACCAAGCUGGCAUAUGACAAAUCUGGCGCUAUUGGACAAUGAUUGCAUGUGAUUGAAGUUGGCAAUAUACUUGUGUAUACAUGUAUACAAUCAUGAAGUUGGAAAAGUUUGUAAAUAUUUUUCCAAGACCGGUCAUGUGGAUUGAUCUGUCCUCGGAUCGCUUAUUGCAGUACUUUUGGUACUGGUUUUUAGAAGGGUCUUCGUAAGGGGACCUGAACCCCCUCCCUCUAAUGCUGGAUACAUAGGCCUCAUGCGAGCCCCCUAUACUCAAUAUACUACUUAUAAUCAUAUGUUGACGCUGAACAAAGUAAUACGGUCAGGAGCCGUUGCCUUGUGUCCGAUUAUUGCUUUACGCUCUACGUAAUUUGAAUGAUAUUAACGCACAUGACGGUUCAGAAAAGAUACUACUUUCAACCCAGAUCACAGAAUAUCGCUUUCUGGGGUUGCAAGUAUUGUAGAAAGUAGCUUUGAAUACACAUUAUGUACAAUGUAUGACUUCCAGAGCAAGUACGGUGUAUCUACAACUGGGAAUAAAAAUGCCUGUAAGAUUUUAACUUCCGCUGAUGACAAUGGAUGAGUUGUUCAGUUUACUGAAUGGAUUUUUCCACCUACAUGUAUAUAAACAAAAACAU